UGUGCGCUGUGAUUUUACUAAUAUCAAAGGUGCCGACAGAAAAGUUUCGCUUCGUUAGUGAGUCUGUACCUCUCGUUACGAUUAUUAUUGUGUUUUCAUAUUCUCGUGCCGAUCAAAAACGAGCGGACUAGUCAGCUCAUUAGGCUGAUUAUUUGAUUAUUUAGUUACUGGACUUGACUGGGCCUUACCGCGCCUCUCACGCAUCUCUGUCACGUUCUAACCUCAAUCGUAUCGCUGUGUCUAUCGCACUUCCUCUCGCGCCUUUUUUCUUUCACGUCCUUCCCAUCUAUCUUCUCGACACGCUCCUCUUCCUCCUCAUUUUCAUCUUCACUGCCUUCCUAUACGUCCCGCACCGUUUGUCUCUUUCGCCCCCCCCCCCCCCUCUCUGUCUCUCUCCCUCCCGUUUAGAAUCGACUUGUUAGUGCACCGUACGAUUCUACGUGAUUUCUGUGUGUUUACGGACGGAUUUGGACGGAUCCAGGAUGCAGGCUAUUAAGUGUGUGGUCGUCGGUGACGGUGCGGUGGGUAAAACGUGCUUAUUGAUAAGCUACACUACCAAUGCAUUUCCUGGAGAAUACAUUCCAACAGUGUUUGAUAACUACUCCGCAAAUGUGAUGGUUGAUGGGAAACCAAUUAAUCUCGGUUUAUGGGACACAGCAGGCCAAGAGGACUAUGACAGAUUAAGACCACUCUCCUAUCCACAAACUGAUGUCUUUCUGAUUUGCUUUUCACUGGUAAAUCCAGCGAGUUUUGAGAAUGUGCGUGCCAAGUGGUACCCAGAAGUACGUCAUCAUUGUCCUGCUACACCAAUUAUUUUAGUUGGCACUAAGCUAGAUCUGCGUGAGGACAAGGAGACUAUUGAGCGUUUAAAAGACAAAAAACUAGCUCCUAUUACUUACCCUCAGGGUCUGGCAAUGGCAAAAGAGAUUGGCGCUGUCAAAUACUUAGAAUGUUCUGCUUUAACGCAGAAAGGCUUGAAGACUGUGUUUGACGAAGCGAUUCGCGCUGUGCUGUGCCCCGUUCUGCAAGUGAAACCGAAGCGCAGAUGUUUCCUUCUAUAAUAUUAAAUGUAUCCCUCUUUGCACGUUGGUACUGGAAUGUGUUAAAAGUGUAUCUCGUCGUCUCUCAUUUCCAGUGCAUACCUUGCACAUCACCGAAUUAAUCGAGUGAAUUACCGAACUAUUUGGAAGUUAUAAUCAACUUAUGUCAGCAAAGAAUUUGUCAUGCAAACUGUUAUGCAUCUGUCGGCAUACAAACGCACAAACAUCAGUUCGGUAUAAAUUUCCAGCGAGCAAAACAAAAGAGGGUUCAUACACAGGGAAAAUCAUAAAUACAAAAUAUAAAUUCAUUCUUAUAUGGCCUCCAGCACUUGAAGGAAAAAUAAUUUUAAAGAGUUUUUCCGCCGUCUGCGCGAACAAAAUUUCCAAAAGUCUGAUGAUGUAAAUGCAACACGAUCAUGUUUUGAGUAAAGAGAGUAUAAAAGAAGCCAAAAUAACAACUAACCGCUGUACAGUAUAUACUAGAAGUACAUUAUUAAUAUUACAAUUAAUAAUUAUAUGAUAAAUGGUAAAGAAAAAAAUAUUACCAUAUAAUUGUAUAAGCGUCCAAACACUGACUGUAUACUGAUCAGUUUAAUCAAAGAGGAAAACCAUUUUAUGCUAUUUGCCAUUGUACAUUUUAGGUAGGAUGCGUGUAGUUAACACAUUUAAAGUGAGAGAAAAAGGAGAAAAAAAACAA